GGUUGACUCAAAAACACACCCAAUGAGCGUGCCAUGCAUAGAACAGCACACUUACAAGCAACAGGCCACGCGCAGCACAGCGCAGCGUUCAAUGGGCCUGCGCUCUUCCUCUAGCACCACUUAAAUGAUUCGGAAACCCCGUCUCUUGGUGUUUUCUUUCCUCUUUUUCUUGAUACUCCAGCGAGUGUACGUCCUUUCAAGAAACCUAAAGCGAGCGUACACAGUUACGAUGGCUUCUAACAUUGCAUUUCCUUCACCUGUCGGUGGUGUCCCCUUUCCUUCCGAUUUCGCGCCGUCUGUCCUGUUUGCCGUGCUAUAUGGCUUACUCCUUCCCGUGGCGGCCUAUCGAAUCGCGGACAAGCGGUCUCGCACUGUCUUGCUAGUGGGAUCAACUGUAUUUGCCAUCGAGAGGCUCGUUAUAUUCUCUCUCAGAGCCGUGCAGGCCCAUAGUUCUUCAAAGAGGGAGUCAAUAACUAUCGCAGCUUACAUGCAAGUUACCAUCGGUUUGGGAUUCAUUGGCAUCAUGCAAGACGUCAUGAAUCUCCUCCGGUGUCUUCUUGUUAACUCUACGCUGGGACCAACGAAUCACCCAGAUACGCCAAGUUCCUCUUCUGAUAUUGUUGGCUCUACUUCGUCGGUGUGGAAACCUUCACCGAGUACAUCAUUUCAUGUUCUGGAUGGUGUAUUUCAGGGAGAUCAGCCAAGGAGGCGAAAUUUUUAUCGUCGUUUCAUCGACGUGACAAAGCUGACAUUUCUCGUCGCAACCAUCCCUGGAAUUAUCGGGAAUGCGCAUUAUCGCGGAGUAUUAGACAGUGCAAGUACCUCGCAAGAAGUUAUGCGACUAAGAUAUGUAAGCACUGCAGUCGCUUUGUUUCUCAUCCUUGUCGUCGUUUCGAUGACUAUGUGGGCUAUGAAAACGAUUCCAAGAGUGAGGACAAGCCCUGCCUUGCUACUUCUCUCAAUCUGUGCGCUUUUGUCUUCAUCUGCCAUAUACCGCCUUGCAGUCAUGUACAACACUACGACAUCGUUAACAUCCAUGUCCCAGGGAUCUCUCAACACUCCUUCCGAGAAAGCAGAGUUCUACAUCUUCCACAUGUUGAACGAAUGGGUGGCUCUUGCGUUAAUACUGGGUUUGAAUGUAAGGGAGAGAUUCGACACUGGCAUGCUCGGCGACUGGCGACCUGUUGACGAAGACAGGCGAGAAAGGCAGAGGAGAGAGGAGAAGGAGCAGAAGAAGCGUGACAGGAAAGCUCAGCAGAACAAUACUGUUGUUUGA